AUGAACGCAAUCCAAAUUCUCGGCCCCAAAACCAACCCGACCGUAUCCCUCAGCCGGUUCCAUCCCCUCCCCACACCCGACCCCCACGCCCCCAACUCAGAGAUCCUCAUCCGCGUCCACUCGGCCGGCCUGACAGCCGAUGAACUAACCUGGCCCGAACUCUACUCCGCCUCCAACCCCAUGCACAUCCCCGGAUUUGAAAUCUCGGGCGUUGUCGCCUCGCUGCCGUCCACUUAUACUGGCCCCCUGUCAGUCGGUGACUCAGUCUCCGCCCUGCUACACCCAGACCGCGGUAAGGGCCAAGCCGACUACGUCUAUGCUCGUCCGGAGGAGCUAGCUCGCAAGCCGAAAUGUUUGUCCCACGCGCAGGCGGCAGCGCUGCCCAUACCCGCGCUGACCGCGUGGGAAGCGCUCUUUAAGCGCGCCUGGUCGCCGAGGCCGAUACCAACCAGCGGUUUGAGAGUGUUGGUGACGGGGGCGUCCGGGGCGGUCGGGAGUAUGGUGGUGCAGUUGGCCAAGAAGGUUAUAGGUGCGAGGGUGGUUGCGCUCGCGUCCGGGGCGAAGCAUGGAUAUUUGCGCGAGCUGGGAGCCGACGAGACAGUGGAUUACACGGCGGCUGACUGGGAGAGGGGGGUUGGGAUGAAGAGUGUGGAUGCCGUAUUUGAUGCGGCGGGCGGGGAGGUUCUGGCCAGGGCGUGGGCCACGGUCAAGGACGACGGCGUCGUGGUUACCGUUGCUGAUCCGCCUCCGGUAUGGGCCACGGACAAGGGGGCGGUGCCGAGAGAGCUGGAGGGCCGUCCGGGGGUGAGAUAUACCUACUUUAUUGUCUCACCGGACAGUGAAACCUUGGGUAAGAUUUCAGGGUUGAUUGCUGAGGGAACGGUCAAGCCAUUGCCCGUUGUGGAGUUCAGUGUUGACAAGGCUGUGGAGGCUUGGGACUUUGCUAGGCGGCGGGGUCGGCAGGGCAAGGUUGUCGUCAAUUUUGUGGCAGAUGUUUGA